UUUUUUUAGAGUCUUGGUUCUUUUUAUACAAUAGCUUUUUUCAUAUGCUUCGAAGACGUGAAAAAAAUUCGGGAUUAAAAUACUAUUCCAUAACAUUUGAUUUUUAAAACUAAAUGGUGUCUUUCGAAAAGGAACUCUUAUAACACUGUGAAUAUAUUUACAACAUUGUAAUUAGUGGAAUUCCUGCGUUUCAUAAAAACAAUUAGUGUCGAAAAUAUUAAAGCGAUACUAAUAUCCCUUUUUGCAGAGGCGCUUGUGCAAUUUUAAAACAUUUGUUGCGAAAAAGGUAUGCGCGAGAAACUAGUUAUCAACAUUUUAUCUUUGAUAUGUGGGAAUACAUUGGCAGAACAUGUGGGCUAGCAUUGCACAAACGUUACCAAGCUAAAUAAAAAAGUGCCAUUUCAAAGUAUAAUGCAUAAUUAAGAAAAUCAUUCUAAAAGUUUUUUCCAAAAUAACAAACAAAGCUUAUUAAAUCCUAGGUUGAAUGCAUUAAUAACCUGGAAAUUGUAAUGUCGGAAUACAUAACACAAGGCGUGUGAAAAGAUUUCUAUGUUUUGUGGUCUCUAAAAAGUGGCAAAAUUGGCCAAACUCUUUGCGAGUUCGUGCGGCAUCGUGAAGUCGUACCACCCAAUAAUUCAACUGAGGAAGGUACCAUCAGCAAAGAUGGUCCUGUCUGUUCUGUUGCGCAGUCGCAAAGUUUGUUUCUAAGCGCAGAAAUUUCUAUAAACGAACAUGCUAAAUAGGCAUAACGUACAUAAGGCUUUAAGAUUAAGCGACACCAUAAAUCAUAUCGACUCGACACGAAUAGAGAAUUGAGAGAAUUAUUGCGUGCAUACUGUGCGCUAUGUUACGACGUCUAUAUCUAGAUCAACAAAACCCGCUGUACAAUCAACAAGAAAACUUGCAGUCUGGCAGGAGUCUUACGACUGAAAGCGGUUUUAGUAUUAGUAAGAAAGACGAUAUCAGAAAAUCAACUAAAGAGACUUCACUAAUUACAUCACAGCACGUACUGAAUCCACAAGUGAAAAUUUCUUUGAAAAAAGAAUGCAGCUACUCACGCUGCAGUGAAAACUCGGGUAAUGUAGCAAAUUCACAUCAGUAUUCAGCACAAUAUUCACGUCAUCUACACUGUCACCGUCAUCAACAACACAGGCAGCAUUCAGAAUCGAUUUCUGUAAAACCGUCAUCGUCAUCACACUUUUUGCAACGCUGGAUGAAGAUACGUCAACCUAUAACACGCUCUGAAAAGAAACAGAAUAUUCUUAACCGGGUCCUAAAGAAGUUUUCAGGCAGCACAUUGACUACAAAUUGCGAACAAAGUCGUGCAAAUACCGCUAAUAUAAGCCUUUCUUCAAGUAAAUCGAGCAGUUUUGUGCGCAGGAAGAAUUUAACUGUAUGCAAAAAACCUGUUGCCGCUUGCUAUAAUACUGACAACGAAAGUGGUUCCAGGACAACAGAGUUUGAUAAAGAUACUGGGCUUACAACUUUUCAAAGCCAAAACCGUCUGCAAAAAACAGUGCAAUCAGCAUCUUCAAUCGACGAGUUAUUUAAUGGUAGUGUUAAACAGAUUUUUACAUCAAACAAAUUAGUGUCAGACACUAUCGGAUCGCCAAUAUCGACCGGCAGCAGAAGUAAGUCUCCAUCAUUAUCAUCCUCUGCAUCAUUUGUAUGCAUAGGAAGUGCAACACAUAAAAUUCGUACUCGGAAAGAAGAGCAGUUGGUUGAUCCUUCAGAAAGUUUGCCAAUCAACCUUAUUAAAACGAAACCAACGUGCACUAACUUAGCAACUUCUAGUUUUAACCAAAGAGAUAAGGAAUUCGUAGGCAAUGGAAAAUACUGCACUGCAGUGAUUAAAAACCAAACAGAGUGCGUUAUGGAAGACACAAAAAAGACAAACGAGACUCCGUCAGUUUCCGCUACACGUCGUGUAGGCACUGUGUCAUUUGAAGAUAGUAAGGAAAAAUCAAACAAAAUGGCACAAAAAGUGGAUCUGAAUUUCGACAGAUCUAGUAUGCUUAUGUCUUCAGCUUCAGACAAUGCUCUUAUCACGCCACCAAUUUGUACAGCUGUCCAAAGGUUUAACCCAAUGCGUUUUAUCAGAAAAAAUGUUGAACAAUCGGCUAGAAAUGUCAAUACUAAUUAUCUUGAGUUUGAAACGGAGUUUCCUCGUGACUACGAUGAUAAUAUUGAGAUGCUCUCACGGGAGGCAGAACACCUAGAGAAACAGUUUCGUACACCUACCCGCACUAGCAAUUCUGAUACUAAAAUAUCACACACAUCACAGAUUUCAAAAAAAGAUGAAAGACUCCCCGUUGAACCGGAUAACUUAAAAGAAAAUAAUGUUGUGACGACGGCGACAGGAAAGCGUGUAGGGUUUAAGGUGGAAGAAAAGAUUGAGGAGUACUUAGCAGAGAGUAGUAUAUUUCCAAAAGCUAGUUUGAAAAGCGCUGGACGCGCCAGCUUUGAAGAUGUAGUACAUACUCCUGUCCCAACGUCCACUGUAGUACCUGCAAGUACAUCAAAACCUACAACUUCCACACAGUCGACAAUCACAACUACGAAGAGCAGUCACAAAGACGAUGACGAUGAGCCAGUCGCUAUGUCACCUUGUGGUCGCUUUUUCAAAUACGAUAAGGAAGUGGGUCGCGGUUCCUUUAAGACUGUUUACCGUGGCUUAGACACUGAAACUGGAGUCGCAGUUGCAUGGUGUGAACUAUUGGAUAAGCAAGUAAAAAAAAGCGAACGAAUGCGAUUCCGUGAAGAGGCGGACAUGUUGAAGAAACUGCAACAUCCCAAUAUAGUACGCUUCUACACAUAUUGGGAAAACUCCAUUUCUCGAAGAAAGAACAUUGUUUUAGUCACUGAACUAAUGCUCUCAGGAACAUUAAAAUCAUACCUUAAACGCUUUAAGAAGAUAAAUCCAAAAGUACUGAAAUCUUGGUGUAGACAAAUACUGAAGGGGCUGCAUUUUUUGCAUACCCGCCCGUUACCGAUCAUUCAUCGUGAUCUAAAAUGUGAUAAUAUAUUUAUAACUGGUACAACGGGAAGCGUGAAAAUUGGGGACUUGGGACUAGCAACAUUGAAAAACCGUUCACAUGCCAAAUCUGUGAUUGGAACCCCUGAAUUCAUGGCGCCUGAAAUGUACGAAGAACACUAUGACGAGUCAGUAGAUGUUUACGCUUUUGGUAUGUGUAUGUUAGAAAUGGCGGUAUCUGAGUAUCCGUACAGCGAGUGUAAAGGUCCUGCUCAAAUAUACAAAAAAGUAAUAUCGGGAAUAAAACCUGCAGCGCUGUCAAAAGUAGAAGAUCCUAAAGUCCGUGAGAUUAUUGAAAAAUGUAUAGAACUGAAAAAAGAGGAUAGACCGAGUUGUAAAGAUCUUCUUAUCUCGGAGUUUUUCGAAGAAGACAUUGGCAUACGCCUUGAGCCAACCGCCACUGAAGCGUUUUUGAGUAAUCCCGAAAAUAACAUAAUAGAAUUUAGACUACGCUUUCUUGAUCCAAAAAAACGAUCUUCUAAACACAAAGAAAAUGAGGCUAUCCAGUUCGAGUAUGAUAUAAAAAAAGACGACUGCGAACAAAUUUGUCAAGAUAUGACACAAGAAAAUAUUAUAACAGACGAAGACUCGCGUGCUGUUGUACGAUUGCUAAAGGUACAAGUUUUUUCAUUGCUGAAAGAAAGAAUGCAAAGACAAACUCAGUUACAGUUGCAAAACGAGAAAUCUAGAUUGGAAAAAUUAGCGUUACAAAAACAAAUGGAAUUGUUGGCGCCUAAUGUUGAAGAGGAGGAAGAAGAAGACGACGAAGGGGAAGGAGAAGUGGAGUCAGAAGAUGAUGAGCAUUUGAAUAAACAAUUCAAAGCUAAAAAUAAUUCAUUGACUGAGGGUGAACCAAAUGUUACUACAGAGGGCGCCAGAAAGACUGAACUAGAAAACUCAACUGAAAAUUCUGAUUCCUUAGUUUCGUACCAACAACAGCAGCAAAAUUAUUACCAGCACCAAAAUGCGCAAAUGGUACCAUCUCAAUCAAUAAUUUCCUCUGGAAGUAUGCAGACUGCUCUACAUUUCAUUCAGCAACCACAGAUGGCGUCACUUAAAAAUUCGACAACACCAAUACAAGAUACAUCAGCAUUGCAAAUAAUAUCACCUUCUACGCAGCCAAAUUUGCCUUUUAGUCCUUCCGGGCAGAAUUUCAUAAACCAACAAGUGUCCGUUUCUAUGUCAUUACCAGUUACGGCUUCCGUACCCUCGUCGAAUUCAGUUGGGGCACCAACUUCACAACCCCAAACGAUGCAGCAAUUUGUACAGCAGCAACAACAAAUGACACAACAGUUAAUACAGCAACAGCUAGUACAGCAACAGCAACUAAACCAACAACAGCAAAGACUUCAACCGGUUGUGCAUAAUCAUCAAAUGCCUCAACAAGUAAGUCAGCAGCCGUCAUUUCAACAGACAGCUCAAAUUCAACAACAAACCGCGCAGCUACAAAUAGUAACACAAAUGCCUCAACAAGUAAACCAACCGCCUAAUAUUCAACAGAAACAGACAAUCCAAAUUCAACAACAUGUACAACAGCAACAACAGCACAUUCAGCAGCAACAAGCAGCAGCUCAACAACAAAUAGUUACACAAUAUCAACCAAUGGUGCAGCAAUCUAAUCAGAUACAACAACAAACAAUGCAGCAGCUACAAGUAGCUCAACAGCUGGUUACUCAACACCAGCAGCAAUUAGCUCAGCAGCAACAAAUUGCGCAACAACAGCAGAUUACUCACCAACAGCAACAACAAAGUGCCCAACCACAGCAGAUGAUUCCCGCACAGGUCGCUCAUAAUCAGCAAAAUCAGUUACUGCAGCAGCAGCAAGUUAUGGCACAGCAGAAUCUUAGUCAACAGCAAAAUGUAUGCAGUCAACAGCAAAAUGUAUGCAGUCAACAGCAAAAUGUAUGCAGUCACCAACAAAUCAAUAAUACUCAUCAGUUACCUCAACAACAGGUUCAACCACAACAGCAAACAACUAAACCGCAACAAGGCACUCAACAACAAAAUUUACAGCCGCUGCGAACAAUGAAUCAACAAUUUGUACAGCACCAACAAACUCAACAACAGCAACAACAAUUUCAUACACAGACUUCAUCUCAAUAUCAACAAAUACAAUCUCCAACGUCACAGCAAAAGCCAAUGUCCCCAACAACCAAUCAUCCUUCACCGACUUACACACAAGCGCAAAUUGUUAAAAACGUUGUUUCUACUACAGUUGCGUCUAGUCAGAAAUCUACUGACCCUUCAGCCAAAAAAGGCAUUCCACAAACAACAAUUGUUAGUGGCAGCAUCACAACAACGACAUCAACAAAUGUUAACAAUAAUACUCAAUUACAUAAUGAGGAAAAGCAGGCAACGCGUGCUCAAAAAUGUAGACGAUCUACUCGUAUCGGCGCUGAACGUGUACCAAAGUUAAGUGUGACCGGUGUAGAUCAUGGCACUGUUAUUAACUGUCAUAUGGAAAACAAACCAAAAACAAUAACCUUUAAGUUUGACGUACGCGACGUAAAUCCGAAUGAAGUUGCUAGCAAACUGGUUGCUCAAGACCUAUUAGCACCAAAUCAAUCCCUGGUUUUUGUUGAAAUGAUCAACGACAUAAUACAGCAAGUUCAAUUACAUCCCCAUCGGUUGCCAGAGCCAGCAUAUCGCCGUAAUAUUGAGAAGGUCCGUCAUGCGUCUUUAACUCGUCAGCGCUCCGCAUUCAGAACUCAUCAAAGGCAUAGAUCACGCGAUGAGACUUCAACUGACAUGUCUAAAAUGUUUGAGCCUACCAUGCUAGCAACCGAGCCACUAUCCUCAAGCGUUGGCUCCCUGUCUACUGAAAAAACUAACUUGCCAUCAACUCCGGCUGCAACUACCACGAACUCGGGAAGCGGAGAAAAUGUUAAUGGUCGACCGCCAGCUCAAGGCGCUUCAUUUGCUGCAGCAGUAACAGUAAAAAGCAAUCCCGCAACAACAACUUCAAUGUCUUCAUCUACCACAACUACAGCAUCAGAAACGCCUAACAAUAGUAGUGAUAAUUUGAUUGGAUCUGAAUCGGUUUCUCGGAAGACGAGCACUGCAUCGGAAUACACGUCCUUAUCAUCUGAUUAUACACCAGACAAUACAAUUACUUCGUCUACAUCUGCUUUCGCAAUGGAGAAUCCUCCCAACGACAUAGAAGUUUGUGGUGAAGUGUCUGUAGUCGAAACUGUUGGAAUAAAGAAUGCACAAGCAAAUUUAAAUUCAGCGGAUGUUACAAAAAUGGAAACGUUUGGGGAUGCCAAAAAUGACGAAACCUCACCUGAUGCUAGGCAUCGCACGGCAAUAAAAGAAACAAGUGCAUCGGCACCAGAUAAAGCCAAGGAUAUUGAAAAAUAUCAUAAUAGUGUUGAAGUUGAAAAUGAACCAAACAAGCGAAAUAAUGAUGCUCCAAUGGUUAUAUCGCCGUCAUCCGCUGUGCCGGCAACGGGCAGAAAAAUAUCCAGAUUUCUUGUAAACCCUGUUAUUUCAUCUUCUGGAGAUGGCACACUAGAAGUUACUGCGACUACACCAGUUAAUCAAAAGGCUUUCACUGCUGAAGAAGGAGGAUUCGAAGCGAAAGCCUCAGCUCCAGUCCCAGCCCCAUUUCCAGUCACUUUUACAGAAACACAAAGAAAUAGCGUAGUCAUGCUUCCCGAUUCAUGUGAUAGCGCGGUAGCGUCGGAGACAAGCAAUAAUACGUUGUCGAAUUCCAGUACCACAGUGAUGACGACUGCGGCACCAAUGCCAAACGCAGCAUCUAACACACAAACAAUUGUAUCAUCCGUGACAUCUGCAUCAUCGAAUAAUACAGCCAGCAACACUUUGGAACAAUUAAAAAUCGAGUUAGAAAAUAUUACACAUGCUCAUGCUUUUGCCACUUCUGUAGUAGCUUCGAUUAAUAAUGCUAAUGAACAAAGCAACCAGCAGCCAACGGUUCCUAUCGCAGCUCUAUCAUCGUCGGCACCAAUGCCUCCACAACAACAACAGCAGCAUCAAGAAGAGAUUUACAGACCAUCACCAAUAACAUCCGCACAAUCACUUGGUCAAAGCACACCAACGGGUAUUUUGAACUCAGCUCGUGGUUCGUCUGUGUAUAACUCGCGUCGCACAUCUCUUGACAUCAGUGGUGGUUCUGACUUUCAGCAUCUUACUACGAAUGUUAUUGAAGGAGUGGAGUCAUCGUAUCAAGUUCCUGGUGCCCAAGUACCCACCAGUAGUGGUGCUGCUUCGUGCUCGUCUGCCCACACCCCUAACGAAUUGCACUCUGAAGUUUGCGGCGUAGGCGGCAGUACAUCUAGUGCAAGCGCUGGCGCCGGGCAACCCGAAGGUGGUACAGGCCACCGUCAAAUUGGAUGCCUUACAAAGAGUUCUUUAGCUGAUUUGGAGAAAAAACUGGCUGCUUUACGAAAUGUAGAUGUGCCGGCGGAUGAGGCAAAAGGCGUCACAUCAGCCCAAGUUACAAAUAUUAAACCCCCUGAGGACCAGCGUAAUGCGAGAAAAAUAUCGCGGUUCAGUGUGAGUAGAGUUCAAGAGCAAAAGGGUGGAGGAGGCAGUGGAAAUAAUAACGAUGUUCCAACGACUCCUCCAAUUGGGAUGGAAUCGCAAAAACUGCGUAUUGAUUUGCAGGCAAUUGCUCAACAAACCGUUAGUCAAACUAAAGGUAGCCUCGUUAAUACGCCGACCGAAGCUUCUCACAUUCCGGGACAAUAUGUUGCUAUAACUAACGCAGUUAGUGGUAGUAUAAAUACUACUAAUUCGGCGCAACCACUUAUAUGCCCUCAAUCACUGCAACAACAAAAUCUUACACAGUUACAGCUUGCUCCGGCUCCGCAAACUUAUUUGCAUCAACAGAUUCCUAAUCAGUUAUUACAACAGCAACAAUUUUUGCAACAGCUACUUUUGCAGAAGCAAGCAGCUACACCAACAUUGCAGCCACAGCAAAACGUCCUUACAAGCUUCAGUCCGAUACAACAAAACUUAUUACAACAACAACUCUUACAGCAAUUGAAAACACCUCAGCAACAGCAGCAACAACCGUCACCGGUUAAUCAAAGCGUCCCACCACAGCAGCAGCAAGCACCUCUCAGUGUGCAAAACCAGCAAAUUCCUCAGCAAGUACCAAAUCAGAAUCAACCACAGACACAAACACUUCCGUCGCAGCUGUCAAACAAUCAACAGAAAACUACAAAUGCACAGACGCAAAAUCAACAGCAAAUUCAAAUGCAACAGCAAAUUGCAAAUCAACAAAUGCACAUUGCAAACCAACAGCAAGUUCAAAAUCUUCAGCAUUAUCAGAGCCAGCAAAUUACUCACAAUAAACUGCAAGCUCCGAAUCAACAAGCUCACAACCAGCAAACUCAAGUUCAUCAGCAGCAGGUUCCAAGCCAACAACAAUCUCAGAACCAACCACAGCAAGCUACGCAGCAGCAGCAUAUUGUGGCUCAGCAAUCGCAGGCAUCCACAUAUUCUAGUACUGAAAAUGCUUCUGUACUAAUGCCCGCAACAACAGAGGAGCCAGUUUCUUUAGCUGCUACCCAUCCCCAAUUGCUACCAACUGUGAUUCAAUCUGAUAUCAAACACAACCUUGACUCCUUGGUGAACCAACUGUGCAAUUUGCGGCUAAGAACGAACCAACAUCAGCGACUUCUUCUACUGAGGCAGCGCCAAUUGAUAGAGGAAGACGAACUACGUCUCAAGCACUAUGUUGAGUACGAAAAAUUCCAAAAGGCAUUGCGCCAAAUUGGAGAAACUCAACCUCAGGUAGUUUACGUGCAACCAGCAACAUCACAGCAUGGAUUUGUCAAUUUGGGAACUGGAAACUUUUUACCGCAGCUUCAUAGUAUGAAACCUUUUACAAAUCUACAGUCAACAUAUGCGAUAGGAAUCAACCAAACACAACCGAUUCAACAACAAGUUCUUUCUCAACUGCCUAUGCAGCAACAACAAUCGCAGCCACCGCCGCCAAUUCAAAUGGGUCUAUAUUCAAAACAAGCAACUGUUACAUCAACAGCAUGCAACAGUAUUAGCCAAGAGCAAUUUGCUCAGCAACAGCAGAAUAUACAAAAGAUAUUACCCCAAUCGUUAACCAAUAGUGGAAAUAAUAUGCAAUAUUUGUCAAACAUUCCUGAUAGUUCAUUGGCUGCAUUAGUACAAGUUCUUUCGCAAUUCAACACAUUUCAAGAAGGGCCGCCGGAAGUUGUAGUCAAAGUUAACUCUAGUGAUGAAAGAUUACCUUCGGCACAAAGUGAGUAAUGUGUUUCUGCUAUCGUCUAAUUACGAAUACCACACAAAAGGCAGUUAAUAAAUCCAGGAGUGUAAAAUAUGUACAUACAAAGGGAUCUAAGUUAUAAGAAAAUAUAUGUUUAUAAAAUACGGUAAAGCUUUUAUUGUUAAGCCUUAAAUUAUAAAAUAUUUCUCAAAGUUUUGAUUUUAAUCAAAAUAUAGUUGAAUAUGAAAUACAAAUAUAUUGUGAAUGAUCGUCUAGACUUUCAAGAUAUUUUGUCUCAGAAAAUGGUGACAUUAAAUAGCGUACUCUUCGUUAUGUGGCCCAUGAGUAUUUUAUUAACAAUUGAGAAACUGCAGGAAAGCUUACAACAAAAAUGCACAGUGUGUGUCUCAAGGUUGUUAGCCUUCGAAAGCAUUAAAUUUAUUAUUUUAUUUUUGUUUUGCAAAAUCCAUAUUUUUAACAAAAAUCAUACGCUUACGUAGAAUGCAAUUCUUUCCCAUGUCAAAGUUGUCAUUUCAAAAAUGGUGAUAUUAAAUUUUAUCUAGGAUUUCCUUUAUUUAUUGUGUCAUUUUAAAUAAUAAGCACCAUUCUCUGUAGAAGAAUUGAGAGAAAAUACUUCAUGUUUAUGAUCGCAGUUUCAUGGCAUCAUUUUUUCGAGACACGUGAACAUAUUAUGUUCAUACUUGGCCUAUGUUAGUUUGUAGUAUACAUAUACAUAUAUUAUCUUUGAUAUAUAAAAUAUAGACCGUUCUUAUUCCCUCCUAUUAUGAAUCCAUACGAUACACGAUAAACGCUUGCAUUCUGUUGUGCAGUAUUACGAAUUAAAUUCUAGCGUAUGAAAUUCGAUAGCUACCGUUUAUCGUAUAGCAUUGAAUUUGGUAUUGUCAUACGGCAGCUAUCGUAUCAGCUGUUAAAUUCCAUACCCUUGCAUGCGGUUGUCCAUUUGUAUACGAUACGAUACAAUUUAACAAAAAUAAAAUAAUGUAAGUAUUAAAAUGGAUAACAACAUGAAUUUAUGGAAACGAUCUGAACAAAAUAUUGAAAUUUUUCGGGCCGAAAAUUGCGAGAACAAAACAUCGACUUGAGCGUAUUACUUCUCCGAGGGGUGCGGUUUAGGUAUUUGUACAAUGACUUUGGAUUGUUGUGCCCAAACGCGUGACCCGAAUCUAAAUUACACAUGUAGCCAAAGGAUUUAACUUUUCAUUUAAAACAAAGAUUUCGAAUUUCCGAGCACUAGUUUAUUGAUAAAUUCGGUUUGAAGUAUGCACAUUUUUUUAAACACAAUAGAAACCGUAGGUUUUGCUAAUCCAAGUAACGCCUUAUUGCCAACACUCUGUUGGUAUUAUCCCUAAGCAAGAAAUCUUAGAGUUAUGAAAGCCUUUAAUAUAUUUGUGAGGACGGCUUUUUUUACGUCCGCGCAAGUCGAUCUCCACUUCUGUUAGAACAUACAUACAUAUGUAUGUAUAUAACAGCUUCUUUUGAAAGUCGAAAGUUUCUCUGAAAUCUAAAGAAUUUUUUUAAUAAUUAACAAAUAAAACUUAUUCCAGUUACUUACAUUAUCGAGUUCACCUCCAGAGGAUUGAAAGCAUCUCUCAAUUGCCUUCUUACUGUAGCCUCUAUGAGAGUUUCAUCAAUUUGUUCAUUUGAGUUUAGAUAAAACGCAAUUGAGGUUGAAAGAAACAUGUUUUGUCUUAAUUUUGUAUGGCUUAUGGGAAGUUUCGGUGCCUUUUAAGUUCAAAUUGCUUGCUUUGAAAAUGUUUUAGCUAGACAAGAACAGCUGUUUCAUUCAAAUUCACAACAAAUGGUAAACAAAUACCACUGUCAUUCACAAUAGUACAUCUAUCGGGCGUGUGGAAACCACUCUAAAAGAAUUGUGUGAUGGAAACUAACACAUUCUCAUUUAUCUUACUAACGCAUUUGCAAAUUUUGCGUUGGUUAAAAAGAGACCACUAAAUAAAGCCAUAAGUUGGAGGAAGACGGAAGAUCACAUGUACACAAAUGUUUACAUCACGUUUUGCACAUUGCUCUUAAAAAGUUGAUAGAAGUACUUGACUGAGAUCUCCAUCACCAGUGAGUAUCACAUGAUCAAUCAAAUGACUAUCACUGUUCUUGUAGGGCAUAAUACGAAAACUUAUUUUAUACGAUACGCUUGCAAGCGUUUAUCGUCUAUCGUAUGAAAAUUCAUAAUAGGGGGGGAUUAUCAGUGUUCCUAAUAAGAAUAUAUUACGUGGUAUUUAAGGAAAUGGACAGUUUAACUGUCGUAAGGCUGUUGCACAUUUAACGCUCUAUAUAAUUUAAACUCCACAAGUUGCGUUACGUAAGUCAGCUUUCAGACACUUUAAGUCUUGCUUUCAAGUCUGCUCGUUCCAAAGCGAAGGAGGUGAGAAGAGUGGGGAAGAGUACAGAUACCUCCGUACCGUCAAUUCGUUUCAAGUUUUCUUGUCUUUUUGGAUCUUUUCGUUGCUUACCAUUUAAAGAACCAAGAACUCGAAUUCAAUAAAAGUUGACGCGUCUGGAAACAAAUAGAAAACACAAAAGAGAAUGCGAAAAAACUUUGUUUCAAGACUUGACGGGUCUGAAAA